AUGGAUAUAACAACGUCGGAACCGCUCAACGUCUCAACAACCAUAUAUUUUCAGGAUUAUGGAAACGAGACGACCAUCAAUCGUUUUGAACAGCCGGAUUGGCAAGUGGCACUGUGGGCAAUUGCUUAUUCACUGAUAGUGAUUGUGUCCGUUACAGGAAAUGUCACUGUAAUUUGGAUAAUUUUGGCCCACAAAAGAAUGAGAACAGUGACUAACUAUUUUAUAGUAAAUCUAGCAUUCUCGGACGUUUCAAUGGCUACUUUCAACACUGUCUUCAAUUUUGUCUAUGCUAUGCACAACGACUGGUACUUCGGGUUGGGAUACUGUAGGUUUCAGAACUUCUAUCCCAUCACAGCAAUGUUCUCAAGCAUUUAUUCUAUGGCAGCUAUUGCGGUUGACCGGUAAGAACACACAACGAGCCUUACUAUUACGUGAUACAGACUACUCUAGUCCGUAGAGACCACACAAUUGUCCAGGGACAUCAAAAGUUACAAUUUCCACACCGACCAUGGUGAAUUUCUUCAAAUUACGCACGUUCCCAAGAAGACAUAUAAUCAAUCUUAUCAACAAUGGCUGCAUCACUCAGAUACAUGACUAAUGAAGCUACUUGUCAUUGAAGUGGACAAUAAUCCAAUAAUCAUCACGUGCAGAUUUUGUAUUAUAUUUCUGAUUUAUAAUAAUAUGUUUUUCCAAUAUAGCCUACUGAGCACUGGAGAUGCUAAGAGUACAAUACAUUAUAAUUCUUAUAUUGUUUUAAUUUGCUUAGCAACACAAGAUUUUCAAAUAUUCCAUUUAUCGCUUCACCGGGUUUUAUCGUCUUGUCUGGGUGAGUGUUUAACACAGUGCAUGUCUGUCUGUGCGCGCUAUCCUACCUAAACCCACCUAUUAUGUUCAUAACGGGACAAUCCGUAUAUUACUGUGGAACUAUACUGUUUAACUUGUGUGUUAUACAUUGGCUUAAAAUCUCUCUCUCACUGUGCGUGUUUUCACGAUAUUAAUGGCAUUCAGUCAGAUAUUUCGUUGACAGCCGGUUAAUUCUGGUUGCAACAUCACCCUGAAAUCAGCACCACAUCCUUUUGUAUUCAAUUAGAAAUAUCUUAAUGAGUUCAACCUACGAUUGUAGACAUUGCUGUUUUCAAAGCUCUCAUGAACAGAAAUUAUGUCAUAUAUUACAGAAUGAGGACCCUCCCAUUCACUCAUCAUGACAGUGAGAUUCUGAUGAGUGAGUGUCACCAGGGUUUUCAGGACAUUUCAUUUACAUUUUAGUCAUUUAGCAGAGGCUCUUAUCCAGAGCGACUUACAGUUAGUGAGUGCAUACCUUUUCAUAUUGGCCCCCCGUGGGAAUCGAACCCACAACCCUGGCGUUGCAAGCGCCAUGCUCUAUCAACUGAGCUACACAGGACUAUAUUCAGCCUUGUUGACAAAAUGUCAGUCUUCAGCAGUCUAAGCAGCCAAUGACAUGCACUGUUAUAGGUCUUUGACUGUACCUGACCUUUGCUUGGUUCUCUUCCACAGAUACAUGGCCAUAAUCUACCCUUUGAAACUAAGGCUAUCCUCCACGUCCACCAAGAUUGUGAUUGGUCUCAUCUGGGCGGUGGCAUUCUCCCUGGCGUUCCCCCAGUGUUACUACUCUGUCACCCAGUAUUAUCCACCACGGACUAUCUGUAUGGUCAACUGGCCUGAUGACUAUGGUGGGAAACACCAUCUCACGUGAGACACCCACAGUACCGUUCUCAGGAAUGUGUCUGUCUAGAUCAGGGAUGGGCAACUCCAGUCCUCGGGGGGCUGAUUGGCAUCACAGUUUUGCUCCAGCCCCAGCUAACACACCUGACAAUAAUCAACUAAUCAUGAUCUUCAGUUUAGAAUGCAAUUAGUUUAAUCAGCUGUGUUUGCUAGGGAGGGGGGGAAAGUGUGACAUCACUCCUGCCCCUGAGGACUGGAGUUACCCAUCCCUGGUCUAAAUGUACACUCUUAGAAAAAAGGGUUCCAAAAGGGUUCUGCGGAUGUCCCCAUAGGAGAACCCUUUCUGGUUCCAGGUAGAACUCUUUUGGGUUCCAUGUAGAACUCUUUUGGGUUCCAUGUAGAACCUUCUGUGGAAAGGAACCUAAAUGUUUCUACCUGGAACCAAAAGGGGUUCUUCAAAGGGUUAUUCUAUGGGGACACCCGAAGAUCCCUUUUUGGUUCUAGAUAGCACCUUUAUUUUCUAAGAUUGUAGUUGCUAUAAUGGCAACAUAGAUCAAAGUGUCUUCUUUUCAUGGUUAGAAAUAGAUGCUUUAUUUUUUUUAUGUUCAAUACUUCAAAGUCUCUAUUAGAAAGGGAUGUUUCAAGCCCAAGCCCACGUUAUUCCAUACUGUGUCAGUAAUACUUGACCCUGAACAUUGUCCUACUGUCUCGCAGAUACCAGAUAGCCAUGAUCAUACUGAUCUACCUGCUCCCCCUGCUGGUGAUGUUGGUCACCUACAGCCUCAUUGGCCAGACACUUUGGGGCAGUGAGAUACCGGGGGAGGCCUCAGACCACUACCAGAACCAGAUCCAGGCCAAACGCAAGGUCAGCUAUGUCAUAUUGAUGCAAAACCUUGACUGAACAGUCUAAAAGAACCUGCAUUUUUAAACAGUGUAUCUCUCUAUUUACUGAAAGCACUGUGUCCAGUAGUCUACCAGCAUGGUCAUUGCAUAUGCAUACCAAACAAAGACAAACACUUCAAAUGCUGGAGCUGCACUAAAACAAGUGCUUAGACCCAGGUCUGGUGCAUGUAUAUGCCAUGGUAUCAGAGAUGCUCUGCUGUCUCAGUGUGUUGUGCUGUCUCAGUGUGUUGUGCUGUCUCAGUGUGAUGUGUUGUCUCAGUGUGUUGUGCUGUCUCAGUGUGUUGUGUUGUCUCAGUGUGUUGUGUUGUCUCAGUGUGAUGUGUUGUCUCAGUGUGUUGUGCUGUCUCAGUGUGUUGUGUUGUCUCAGUGUGAUGUGUUGUCUCAGUGUGUUGUGCUGUCUCAGUGGGAUGUGUUGUCUCAGUGUGUUGUGCUGUCUCAGUGUGCUGUGCCGUCUCAGUGUGUUGUGUUUUCUCAGUGUGUUGUGCUGUCUCAGUGUGUUGUGCUGUCUCAGUGUGUUGUGUUGUCUCAGUGUGAUGUGUUGUCUCAGUGUGUUGUGCUGUCUCAGUGUGUUGUGCUGUCUCAGUGGGAUGUGUUGUCUCAGUGUGUUGUGCUGUCUCAGUGGGAUGUGUUGUCUCAGUGUGUUGUGCUGUCUCAGUGUGCUGUGCCGUCUGAGUGUGUUGUGUUUUCUCAGUGUGUUGUGCUGUCUCAGUGUGUUGUGCUGUCUCAGUGUGUUGUGUUGUCUCAGUGUGUUGUGCUGUCUCAGUGUGCUGUGCCGUCUCAGUGUGUUGUGUUGUGCUCCAUGUAGGUGGUGAAGAUGAUGAUAGUGGUGGUGAUGACCUUCGCCCUGUGCUGGCUGCCCUACCACAUCUACUUCAUCCUGGGCAGCUUCAACAAUGAGAUCUACAUGCAGACGUACAUCCAGCAGGUCUACCUGGCCAUCUUCUGGCUGGCCAUGAGCUCCACCAUGUACAACCCCAUCAUCUACUGCUGCCUCAACCAAAGGUAAAGCUAUGCUACAUCACUACGCUCAUCUUGUGGCAGUGGUAUGGUACUGUAUCAUAGAUUCAACAACCUAAAAAGCCACAUUCAAGUUGCACUUUUUUUUAUGAAGCAGAAAAGCAAGAGUUAAUUCUGAAUGUUUAUCAACGUUAGCUGGCUAACUUUCUGAUCUUGCUUUGUGAUAUUCCCAUUGGCAUCUCUCUUUUCUAGGUUUCGCUCGGGGUUCCGUCACGCUUUCAGCUGGGUCCCCUUCGUCAAGGUGUCGGAGGAGGACAAGAUGGAGCUGCAGCACACACGGACCUUCAGGAUGACCCGCAGCUGUCGCACUGACAACACCAAGAACACUGUGGUCCGCCCACAACUCCACCCAACAUGA